UUCCGCUCAUGUUGUUUACAAGAGGGGAUAUCUGGGAAGUGGUGCUCAUGGCAACCAGCAUAAACACUUUUUCAGUAGCUACGUUUUCGCUGCUUGUACAAAACGGGGCGCAAAGGGCAAGGAACGUUGUUGUCAUGGCGUUCUGUGAGGACCAAUACUAUGAAAGAAUUGGAUCCAUUCAACAAAGCAUGCACGAAAGGGAAAAGAGGAGACUUGCGUUGGAGAGGGAGUUGUUUGCUUACUGCAGAUCUGACAAGAGAGGUCCUCAGGUAAAGUGUGCCACACUCCGUGGUUAUCUCAAGGAAAUCUGUGAGAGGGAGAAACAGGCAAAAAUUAGAAACCUGGAGCUCCUGAGAGAUGUGGAGGGCAUUGAAAGGAGCAUGAAGGAGCACUGUCCUGACCGUAACCCUCUGGAUGAACACAAGGUUGAAUGCUUGAAUAGAAUUUCCAGAUUUAUGGCUGCAAGGCAGAAGAAAGAAGAGCCAAAUCUUAAAAUAGACAAGGGAGAUUUGUUGAAUUGCCAUCCUCAGGGUGUGUCCCCCUCACCACAGGCCAGGGGUUUACGCCAACCAUCUGUAAUCUUCAUGGGUCGCCAGACCUCCAGAAGUUCCGCGGCUGAAGAUGCCACCGCAAGUAUACACUUACGACAAGCGGAGCGUCAUUCGCCAAAUCAUCCAUCACAUGCCUCGGAAUGCCUGCAAAGUGGCCUUUCGAAUGACUCCAAAGUUUCCAGAGAGGUCGUUGCCGACAGCGGAGCGUCUUUAUCAGUUGACAUUUCAGGCUCAAACGAUUCCCCCGACGGCUGUAAUUUGUGUGACAAACAUGAAAGGACGGCGGCAGUGGUUCCAUCUGUUCGUACCUUAACAGCCAGCGCCGGCGUGCCUUUUGGAGGUGAUGAACAACUGACUUCACCUCGGGUGACCUUGACGAGGCCUGAGAAGAAUAGCCCAUCGCCCAGCACUAUCAGCCAUAUGUGGGACAGGAAUUCACCUGCAGAAUACACUCUGGGUAGAGGGUCUGGUCAUCAGGAGAGCAUAAAAGAAGAUGUGGAGAGAGUUCUGCAAAGAUCACUGCCUCAAACUGACUUGGGAAAAGAAUCUCAAGAUGUGCCAGAGAAGAGUGAAACCCUUAGUAGAUCCAGUUCCAGUAUGGAGCUGUCAGUGACCAGCAUUGGUAGUGACCUGUCCACCUCCCUGACUGAGUCUGACCUGGCUGAGCUACCAAAGGUGCCAGAGGGUGUAGUCCAUAUAGCCAGCCACACCAGGAGGACAGACAGCCCACCACAGAGGAGUGCUAUUCCACCCAGCGAGAGGGAGCUCCGCAGCGCCAGUGUUCACAGUCAAUCACUGGACACUCCAGAGCCUAGGAACAGACCAGAAUCACGUAGCGAAUCCACGUCUCCAGAAAUCCCAUUGAAAAGACUGUCCAUGGAGGGAUUCUUCCAUCUACUGGAGAGCAUCGAACAACGAUUCCACAGAGGAGAAAGAAGUGUGUACUGUGUCUCGUCACUUGGCGAUAGCAAACGCAAUAAAGUGAUCAGCCUUUGUAACGCCAGGGCAGGCUUGAAUGGAGAGGACCUUGAUGCAUGUGGAGCAGUCGUCCUUCACCAGCUUCAGAGGUUGUCAUGGACCAUGUCAAUGGGUUGCCUGUUACCCGAAGAGCUAGUUAGCUCCAACUGGUCCACCACUGAGCCCAGGAAAAUAAGCUCCCGUCUCCCCCCUGAUGCUGCUCCUCUGUGGGAUCGCUGGUUCAAGCACGCCCUUCUGCUGAAGGACUACCAUGUCCUCACCCCCGAGCGCCUCGUCCAGCUGUUCACUCCACUGCUGCUGCCAUACAACGCCUCCUAUAGUGCCACGGCCAAAGUGCUGCUGAGGACACUUCUGUGCCGGUCCAGUGAGGAGUGCCCCUCGGUGGAGAGUGAGUCUUCAUCUUGUGGCCUUCCCUCGUUCCUCAACGACAGCGUUGCGGAGGUCCAACCAGCCAGACCUUCUCAGGAGCACGGCGCCUCAGGGAUGCAAGGACUACAAAGUGGUGAAGAGGACAGCCAAGACGAGAGCCCCGUGGAAAGUAUUCCUAUUAAAGAGACAAAAGCAUAUCAGCUGCUUAAACAGUCUGCCACGCAGGCGAGGCAGCAGAGCUCUGGAGACGAGGAGGAUCUGUCAGGAAUAAAUGAUGGCUAUGAAGAGAAUACUGGGAGGGUUGAGCGCUCCUCUCAUCAAGACCCUUACCCAUGGAGAGAAACGACAAAAAUGAAAACCUACUCUGCUGUACAGUCUAAAGCUUUUUGGGGAGAGUCAGACGACAGCAACUCCGAGAUAGAAGCAGCUCUGCGCCCUCAAUACAAUACGAACAAUGACAACUCUGAGGAUUUUUAGGACUGACUACCUGAGAAAAGGGAUUCUUAACAGAAGCUGCUGAGAGAAAGCGCUUUAGAGAACAUCUGCAUACUGUUUAUUUUUCUUCCAUUUGUUACCCGACUAAACUCUCUCUACGUUGUAAACUGUAUGCAUACUGUAUCAUAAAAAAGGUAUAAUGCUAAACCUGAUACCUCUUACUAUGGUUAAAGUAUGUGAAGAGUUUUCAAAUGCACCGAUGUUAACCCUGCUUCAGUCUCUUUAUCUGAAUGACUCUUACAACUCAUAAUAACAGCUUGAAAUAGAUUAAACGGGUCUUUUGAAGCGAUUUGUUUGCACUAGGCUGGAAAUCAUGCAUUUUGAAUGCUGCUAGCAUCUCCGAGUGGUCUGCAUCUAGCAUGCUUGAGUGUAAUGACGUGAGUCACCUGUGAAAUGACAAAGAACAAUGGCCACUCUGGAUGUUACAAAACGACCUUCGGACCUGUUGAAGUGGCCCAUCGCCCAGGACAAGAUGUACCGUCGUGUUAACAGAUCCACAAUGAUCACAAUGUAUGUUUUUGAAACAAGUUUUACUUAUAUAGAAUGAUUAUAUCAGACCUGUAUUCUUUUUCCUUUUUCAUUUCCCACGGGCCUUUUCAUUUGCUAUGACAUUUCAAACUCACUCAUUUUUUAUUGCUCAGAGGAAGUACAAUCAUGUUUUCAUGUUCUAUUUUUUUUAUAAUGCUUUGUGAUCAAAUUACGUGUCGAGUAGACAUACAGUACUCAAAAGACAUAAUUAAUUUUGUGGGAAAAAGCAUGCAGUUUGUUAAACCCAUCAACCUCCCUCCUCCCAUCCACCCUUUUCCUUUUCACCCUUCAAGUAGCAGUGCAUGUCAUUGACAGUGACUAUUCAUUACACUAGUUAAAAUGCCUAGGAAAUAAAUUCACCUGAACCAUG